GCGGCGGGGUGAGGCUGGUAGGCGCUCCUGCCCCUGCCGAGACCAGGCCAGGCAGCAUCCACGCCCUCCUGCGGAAGAUCACAGGGAACAGGUGGGCGCUAUCAUCUGUGCCCUGGUUUUCCGGAGGAGCCGAGGGAGGCUGAGCGGGUGAGGAAGCGGCCACCUAUGCCCGACCCACUCACCUGCACAUCUGCCUGGCGAGGGCAGGGAAGAGCCGCGGCCUUCCUCUGCUGCUCCUUCCAGAGGGCAGGGACCGUGGUGGGGGUGCCCGCCCGAUGGCAUCGCCGGAGGCUGAGCUCCCAGCAGCGGCUGAGGUCCUCCCUGGGUGGGAGCCACCCUUGUCCCCAGCUGGGGCAGAGGCUGGUGAAGGAGGGGGUGGUACCCGUGCCACGCCAGCAGAGCCCCAGGCGGUGCAGGGAGAGCUUCAGUCCGGCUGACGUGGCACUAGGGCCAGUCUGCUCAGCUAACAUUUGCCUUUCAGGAGUCAGAUUCCUGACCUGUUUGAACAGCGUUAGGGAGCACGUGGUAAGGCCCAGCCCCAGCCCCGCUGCCCCCAUCUGCUGUUUCCCGGUGGUCGAGGCGCUCUGCACCCUCCGCGGAGGGAGGUAUCAUUGUUUGCCCUUCACAAAGAGGGGGAUGCAGAGGUGGGUGCUGCCUCUCAGGUGUCAGGCUCACCCCUUCCGCUCACGAGUUCAAAGAACCCAAGAACCAGGAGCCCAGGGCUCGACCUUCUAGGGUCCUCCAAAACCCUGUGGUCCCACCCAGGUGGGCACUAAGCUAUGGGAGAGACCAUAGCUGCAGAAACCAAUUCUGCCGUAGGCGUAAAAUGCAAGGUCUCUCUGGACCCCAGGGCAGGGAUGGUAGAAAGCAGCUUCUGUUGGCUCCUAGGGGUGUGAAUCACCACAUCACCUGCAGCGGGCCCGCUGCCCUUCUUCCCCCCCCCCCCCCAAUCCUGAGUGAUGGAGACAGCUAGCAGCAGUUUGUAGCCUGGUGUGGAGUGGAGGGUUCCUGCACCCUGCACCUGAGCCCAUCCAGCCUCUGGGCCAUAGGCUCUUUUGUUGAAGGUCCAGCCUGCCCCUGAGAUGCUGUGUGCCCU